UACGUCAGGGACUGCGCUUCAUCGUGAAGAUGGCGGAGGCUGGAGAUACGCCACAAAUCCGGUUUUUCUGUCACUGCUGUAAAAGUGAAACAAACCCCAAACUCCCGGAUUUUGUCUGCCCCAGAUGUGACUCUGGCUUCAUUGAGGAGGUAGCAGAAGACUCCAGUCUCCUGCAGACCAGCACGGCAUCUGUUGCCAGUGACGAUUCAAACUCUUUGCUCUCAGAAUUAUGGCAGCUGCUGUUUAUGGAGCGCUCCGCCCUGCUGUCGCAUCCGCCCUCCUCCGAGUCCGACCCUGAUGACAGCGAGCAGGUAUCUGCUGGCCAGAGCAGUCCUCUUCCAGCAUCACCAGGCCCCUCUGAGGCCACAGAACCAGAGUCUCCUUCCAACCCCGAGCAAGAGAGGCCAUCGAGGACCUCUGAACAGCGGCCUGCAGUGGAAGGGAUUGUGCAGCAGUUCUUGGCCGGCCUGUUUGCCAACAACGGAAACCCCGGCGCUGCACCAGCUGCGCUAUCCAGCAUGCUUCAGUUGUACUCAAACCCAGGAGAUUAUGCGUGGGGUCAGAGCGGUCUUGACUCUGUCAUCACAGAGUUAUUAGGACAGUUGGAGAACACAGGUCCACCCCCAGCAGAAAAGGAGAUGAUCUCAUCCCUGCCAACAGUUUGCAUCUCUCAAGAACAGACAGAUUGCAGACUGGAGUGUCCAGUUUGCAGGGAGGAGUAUUCAUUAGCGGAAACUGUAAGGAAGCUUCCCUGCCUUCAUUACUUCCACAGUGAAUGUAUAGUGCCGUGGCUGGAGCUGGUAAGGCUGCAGUCGCACGACACUUGCCCCGUGUGCCGUAAAAGCCUCGACGGUGUUGACAACAGCCUCCCGCCCACAUCAGAACUCCCAGAAGCCCGCUCCCUCAGGACAGAGCAACAGGAGAGGCAGGCGAUCUGAGAAACGGGAUGCUAACUUUGUUUCACUUUUCAGGAGUCACGCCUCCUGCUUCAGAAAUUUCUCUCCCCUCCAGCUGCUUUUAAAUAAAAUACAUUAUAUGCAUCACAGUCAUAAUUUGCAGCUUUAACUCUCACUUGGUUCACACAUCUCUGCUUAAGGACCCUUUAUGUUUUCUACUCUAGCAUAAUCACCUACACCUCACGCACAAGGAUCUGGGAGUUUGCUGACAAAAUGUAGAGGUGAUGUGUCCUUCUUGCUACGCUGCUCUCUUAGAUGGUUUUCUGAAUGACUGACUUUGAUGUCAUGAACUAAUCACCACUGAGGUGUCUGUGGUUGUCAAACAGGAAUUCACAGAUUGUGCAUUAUUCUCUUGGUAAGAGAGUUUCUUAAUGCAGUAUAUUGUUGACUUUUACCAAUGUACAGCUGUUAUUAAAGCCCAACACUGUGACCUUUA